UAUUUUAUACUCUAUGGAUAACGCUGUGUUAUAGAAACAUGAAUGUAAGAAUAACCAAGUAUCAAAAGAGGCAUUGAUAUAUUUAUAAGUAUGAUUUUAAUAAUUAAAAAAGACUAAUGUAUAUAUUGUUUAAUGAAAUAUAUAUAUAAGGUGAAGAAAAUUUGAUGUCAUUCCUUCGUGUAAUUUCGUCAUAAUUCUUUUUUUACCAUUUGUAUUUAAACAGUAAAAAUACAGUAAAAUUUGUUAAUGCUGCAAUAUAAUGUCAAACACGAUAAGUGGAAAGAAUUUAUUACGUCCUACCGGAUUACAAUGCAAAAAUCUACAUGAAUAUUUAAAAUCACGUCCACCAGAAGUAUUAAGUAAAUUAUAUCAUAAUCCGCCUAUAUGUUUGGCUGUGUUUCGUGAAUUGCCUGUGAUAGCAAAACAUUAUAUCAUGAGAUUAUUAUUCGUCGAACAAGCAGUUCCACAGGCAGUAAUUGCUUCUUGGUGUUCUAAACUUUACCUUGAAGAUCAUCAGAAAGUAGUUGUAAUUUUAAAAGAAUUAAAUAUAUGGAGAGAAACAUCUUUGCCUGGAGGAUUACCAGGUUGGAUUGUUCAUGCAUCUUUUAAAAAGAAUUUGAAAAUUGUUUUAUUGGGAGGUGGUAAACCAUGGACAAUGUCAAAUCAAUUAGAAACUGAUAGUAAACCUAGAGACGUAGCAUUUUUAGAUGCAUAUGCAUUAGAAAGAUGGGAAUGUGUUUUACAUUACAUGGUUGGUUCUCAGCAACAAGAAGGUAUCUCGGCUGAUGCUGUGAGAAUACUUUUACACGCUGGUUUAAUGAAACGAGAUGAAGGUGAUGGAAGUCCAAUUAUCACACAAGCAGGUUUUCAAUUCUUAUUGUUAGAUACUGCAUCACAGGUGUGGUACUUUAUUCUUCAAUAUUUAGACACAAUAGAAGCAAGAGGACUUAAUUUAGUUGAAUGUCUAACAUUUCUAUUUCAAUUAAACUUUUCAACACUUGGUAAAGAUUAUAGUACUGAAGGGAUGUCUGAAGGUUUAUUAACAUUUCUACAACAUCUGAGAGAGUUUGGACUUGUUUAUCAACGUAAACGAAAAGCCGGAAGAUUUUAUCCAACGCGUUUAGCAUUAAACAUAGCAACUGGACAAAAUAAACCAUUAGCUAAGGAAAGUGGAAAAGAAGGAUAUAUAGUUGUUGAAACUAAUUAUAGAGUAUAUGCUUAUACUAAUUCAAAUUUGCAAGUAGCUUUACUUGGAUUAUUUUGUGAAAUGUUAUAUAGAUUCCCAAACUUAGUGGUUUCAAUAUUAACGAGAGAUUCAGUAAGGCAAGCUUUUAAAAGUGGAAUUACUGCAGCACAGAUCAUAGGUUAUUUACAGCAGCAUGCACAUAAUAAAAUGCUAGAGGCAGGCCCACCCACAUUGCCUCCAACUAUUGUGGAUCAAAUUAAGUUAUGGGAAAACGAAAGAAAUAGAUUUUUGUUUAGCGAAGGAGUCCUAUAUAGUCAAUUUCUUUCUCAGACUGAUUUUGAAGUGCUUAGAAAUCAUGCACUUUCUACAGGUGUUCUGAUCUGGCAAAAUGACAGAAAACGAACAAUGGUGGUAACAAAAGUGGGCCAUGAUGAUGUGAAAAAAUUUUGGAAAAGAUAUUCAAAAGGUUCCUCUUAAAAAUUUAAUAUUAAAUAACAUUAAUAGAAACAAAUUAAAACCUGAAAUAUUACAAA